AUGGCAUCGUCAUCCUUUAGAGACAGCAUGAACAACAUGGGCUGGUCACGACGCGAGCAGCCCGUCAACACGAGCCCGCAGAACCCGCUGCUGGGAACACUACAGAAGCUCAACCCUUUCAGCUCUGAAGGCAAUGUCAGGCUGCCCACGACUGAGAGCGGCGACGGGCCCGGCGCACCUCUGCCUGCGCGGACUCGACGAGAAGAGGAAGAAGGGUGGUUUGCACUAAGUCGAUGGGACCGCCUGCUCUUCUUUGGUGGCCUCAAUCUCGCCGCCAUUGCCCUGUUCGUUGUCUGCUUUACACUGCUACCUAUUCUGAGCCUGCGGCCGCGCAAAUUCGCAAUUCUGUGGUCUAUGGCGUCCACUCUUUUCUUGGGCUCGUGGGCGGUCAUGAUGGGUCCGCUUGUCUACGCACGCCAUUUGGUCUCGCAGGAGCGGUUGCCAUUCACAGCCACCUACUUUGGAAGCAUCGCUCUCACGUUGUAUUUUGCGGUUGGGCUGCACAGUACGAUACUUACCCUGAUGUCCUCGAUUGUCCAAAUCGUUGCCUUGGUGUGGUAUCUUGUCAGUUAUUUCCCCAUGGGCUCUACCGGCUUGCGAUUCGCUGCCAGAUUCGGGACCAGUCGCAUUACAUCGUGGUUCGACGAGUGA